AGGAGGUGCGGGCUUGCCACGUCGGUCUCUGUGAAAUGCAUUUACACAGUCGCUCCUCGCAGCUUUGGGCUUAACUUUUUGGAAAAAGACGCCUUUUCCAUUCCGACACCGAGUGACCGGGGACCGCACCAACUUGUCCGGAACCACGGUAGCUCAUCGCCACGGUGCUGCGUUGGAUCUUAUUGGAGUAUUAUUAUUAAUUAAAAAAAAAAAAAAAAAAAAAGAAGGAGUCGGUGGAAUGCUCGGUUCCGUCUGGACUCGUCCGGCUGGAAGCCACACAAGUGACUGAUGCAUCCUCGUUCACUUCAGCCUCCCGCAUGUUGUCGUUGGCCUCAGCGUAUAUGGUCGCUCAUUAAGGAGCAAGGGAGGUGUCCCAGCGUCCGGGGUUGCCACGGUAACCGGCGACCAUGCCAGGAGGUCGCAGGGGUCCCAGCAGACAGCAGUUGAGCCGCUCUGCCCUGCCCUCCCUGCAAACUCUUGUUGGCGGCAACCUGGGCAAUGGUACAGGCCUCAGGAACAGGGAAAGGCUUCUGUUCGGAGAUAUUUGGAGGAAAUGUGGUGCAGGGUCCAGGCAGGCAGGGAAAUGGAUCCAAAGCAAGAGUUCAAGGGAUGAUCAGGAGGCAGGCAUGAUGCAGCCGGUGCACAGAGCUGGGAACAGUGGCUCCUUGGGUCUCUCUGCACCACCGAUCUCGGCCGUAAUAAGACCAGAGCCCGUCCGCCACUCAAAGAUUCCUGUACUGCCGUUGGACAGCAGCCUGCUGUUUGAGUUCCUGCUCUUUGUUUAUCUUCUGGUGGCCUUGUUCGUCCAGUACGUCAACAUCUACAGGACAGUUUGGUGGUACCCAUACAGCCAGCCACCCACCUCUACCUCACUCAGCUUCCACCUAAUGGACUACCACCUGGCUAUCUUCAUCACAGUCAUGCUGGCCAGGAGGCUUGUUUGGACUACAGUUUCAGAGCUGUCUCUCAGCAGCAGGGAGUCGCUGGUCUGCUAUUUGGUUUUGCUCACAGCAAGAUUGUGUCUGCUCACCACGUGUUGUUGGGUGCUCUGCUGGACGCUGGUCAACCUUUGCAAGAACCACUCUGUUCUCAACCUUCUCUUCUUGGGAUACCCGUUUGGCGUGUAUGUCCCGCUCUGCUGUUUCCACCAGGAAGGACCCAAGAGCCAAAUGUCAACAGGCGACUACGAUUACUCGGCCGACCACCAGCAAACGGACCUAACGGACGCCCCCUUUUUUCGACCCCGGGAUUUCCUCCUCUUGUUAAGAGAGAACCUCAGAGAACAGUUUUCCGCACCGCAGCACAUGCCCACGCACACCUGCCCGCCCCACACGCACACUCACACGCCUGAGCUGAUUCGAUCGGAGGUGGAGGAGCUGAAGGGCGAUUUUAAUCGACGGAUUAAGGAAGUGCUGUUCAACUCGCUGUUCAGUGCUUAUUAUGUUGCCUUCUUGCCUCUGUGUUUUGUGAGGAGCACCCAAUACUAUGACAUGCGCUGGUCAUGUGAGCAUCUGAUCAUGGUGUGGAUCAAUGCCUUUGUAAUGCUGAUGAGCCAGCUGCUGCCCCCUAACUACUGCGACCUGCUGCAUCGCUCCGCGUCCCACCUGGGCCGAUGGCAGAAGCUGGAGCACGGCUCAUACAGUAAUACACCUCAGCAUGUAUGGUCAGAACACACUGUUUGGCCUCAAGGUGUGUUGGUACGACACAGCCGCUGUCUGUAUAAAGCAGUUGGACCUUAUAAUGUUGCUAUGCCAUCUGAUGUUUCACAUGCAAGAUUUUAUUUCCUCUUCCACAAGCCAUUGCGGAUCCUGAACCUGCUGAUCUGGAUUGAGACCAGUGUGGUUCUGUAUCAGUUAUACUCUUUGUUCCUCUCCGAGCGCUGGAACCACACGCUCUCUCUGGGCCUUAUUCUCCUCUGCAACUACUAUGUCCUUUUCAAGCUGCUCAGAGACCGCAUAGUGCUGGGCAAAGCCUACUCGUACCCUCUGUCCAGUAGUUUGGGCUUAAAGUCGCAGUGAAGACUGAAAGCUGGAGGUGGGAGACGUACGGUAGAGUUGAAAUUGGGAGACCAGAGGGGGUGUAUGGCGCUCACAAUUGGAGGAUAAAGGGACAGGACUCUGAACUCAUAAUCGUGUUUUGAUACGGUUAUAUUUUUAAUGCAAUGUUUAUAUAAACCUAUUUAAAAGAAUAUUUUAUUUUGUAUACUAUUUCGAGUUACGCCGGGCAUUACCACGCUGAUGACAUUAGCAUGCUGCGUUGUGUUGUUGCUGGAAGAAGAGGAGGAGAGGUUUCGCCAAAGAUGUCAAAAGUGGCUACGUAGCCACAUAGCCUCACAGGUCAGUUAGCACGUAAACCUUCUGUCCCUGAUUGGUCUGAAAUUCUAACCCUCGAACCACAAACUUAAUUUCAAGACGAAGAUGCAGCCGUUUUCUCGGGAAAACCUACUGCCGACAGUUAAGACGAGCAAGUCGCUACCCAUCGCGCACGACAAAUCAUCAAAUAUUGAGCGGCGGACCGCGUAUUCAAACGGUACGGGCAAUUGCUUGGCAACCAGCAGAGACCCUUUCUAUGCCCCCCAAAAAUGGGCUGGCUUGUAACCAUAUCAUGCAGAUUAAGGGAUGAUUUUAUUUUAAGUGUCCAAGAUGUUGAAGGAAAGUCUCGGCGCUAAGAUAAACUACUGACAAAAAAGUUAGGGAUAUUGAGUAUUAAGAGGAAUUUCACGAUGAACCUAAAAUGCACUGUAACCUUUACAGGUGAACUUAAAUUGACCUUCUCCAACCUUUCGAAUGCAGAUGUCAGACCUUUUUCAUUGUAUUGUAUCAGUAGUUAUUCCACAACUUGCUGUUUUCUAAAACAGACUGCACACCUAAUCCGGUCGAUUGAGAAUAAAUUGUGACUCCUGGUCUUCGGGAGUGGGGAAAUGUUGAAUAAAAGCGGUUACGUGUGAAUAUUUGAGAGGCUGCUGGCAACGAUAGCUUCAUUCGUUGACUGCACUUCUGCAUUUUAGUGACAGAGACUCUCCACACUUUGCUUUUUAGCCACAGGUACACGAGUGGAUGUCCUAGGAAAUGAUCAUGGAUUAAAGACGUUCUUCUAGAACUUCUUCUUAGAGAACAGCAAGUUGUUUUGUUUGCAUUUCAGGUUACUCCUGAAAUUUCCCCCAAUAUCCCAAACGUUUUGUGAGUAGUGUAUGUUAAGCUGCCUCAGUUAUGGCAUCCAUUCAAGACGAUAUGUUUCUUGUCGGCGAGCUGCUCAGCACUUUAUUACUUCUACUCACUGUAUUGACAAAAACUGCUGCAUGCUUUUCCUCAUUUAAUUUGCGCAUUAAUUUGGGUUUUCGCGAUUGGCAUGUUCUUUUUUUGUCAUCAUAGGCUGUGACCCCGGGGUGUCUUCACCCUGACACGGAACCCUCACAGCUCCGGCCAUGAAUGCUUUAAAGGUACACGGUGCUAAUGCUUUUUCUUCCAACGUUUUGGCAUGAAGUCCUUGCUAUGAUCUAGUUCGGGCAUCGGUUAUGCUCCUUAAGUUCAUCCGCCUUCAUCUUUUGACUUGCUGUCCCAAUGGGGCCCAUGUGCGUUAGCAGAGCUAGAUUAAUGUGGCCAACGAGGAUGAAACCUCCCUUUGCAUUUUGAAUGUCAUUUUCUAAGGAGGUUUAAUGACACGGAUGCUGCUGAAUGCUGAGUCGCCGUGUUGGAGUCAUCCACACUUGCCUGUCUCAUUACCAGUUCACGUAUUCUCAGCAGGAGGGGUAACUGGGGUAAUGUGGGCCACUUUUUGAAAAUUACCUGUAUUUCUGAACCAAUUGCAGUGCCGCCUAAAUUGAGACCAGAAUAAGCUAAAGUUAAAUUGAAAUUUCACAAUUUUAUCAACAUAUACCAAACAGACAUGACAUGACGUUUAACUGAAUUAGUUUUGUACUGAAACUGCAUUACACUGUUGACAAGAGAGAAAAACAUGAAAAUAUAUAUUUUACAAGGCAAAUAACGAAAGAACACCAAAAGAAAGUCUGCCACCAAUUCUUGAUCCUCCACCAAAGAAAGUUGGUGAUGAUGCGUGCAAUGAUGCAUUUUCAACGCAGAAGAGUUGGGCUCAAUUCUUUCGUAAUUUCCAGGCAUGGUAGCUGGUAUUUUAUCUAUAGAAGAAAUAUUCGUUGUUGGUAAAGUGGUGUAUGCCAGUGAUCUUAGAUUAAUUUAUGAUCUCAUUUUUAUGGGGCUAAUACAGACCCGGUCCUUUUCUUCCCCCCAAUCUGGUGGCCCAUAUUACCCUUUUCAUGAUGUCCCAGGAUUUUUUAAAUGUUCCAGAAACGACUAAGUUCGUUUCACUUUUCUCCUUUUUAUACCAAUGAUCUCUCACACACACAUUUACUAAUGGACAUGAAACUGUAUCAACACCAUAAAAUGGGAUACUUUCUCACACUAAUUUUUACAACGUAAAGAAGAGCAAUACAGUAUAUGCAAACACCCUCCUUUCCUGAAGUAUGAAGCACAUGUGACGGAAUCCAAUAUGGCUGCCCUAUGGCAUCAUAUUCUCUCAUGUGACUUGAGCAUUAUCCAUCCAUCCAGUUAACCUACCACGCGUGUUUUUGGGAUGUGGGAGGAAACCGGAGUGCCCGGAGAAAACCCACGCAGGCAAACUCCACACAGGCGGGGCCGGGGAUUGAACCCCGGUCCUCAGAACUGUGAGGCAGACACUCUAACCAGUCGUCCACCGUGCCGCCUUGUUCAGUAUUGUAGCCUGUAUAAUUAUGUAUCGGCCUUCUGGAUCUGCUGCUGUAUGUAAUAUUUAUUGUAAAAAGUAGUCUUUUAUGAACUAGUAUCGAGACUCCUCUUUGUGUACUGUUAUAAAAGGCCGAGAUAGCCUGAGUGAAAUAAAGAUGAGGCAUUUUUCUUCUGACUUAAUAAGGUGCGUUUCUUGUACUAGGGGGAGGUCAGUUUUAAAUUUAGUGACAUAAUCUUAAUUCUCUUUGCCUGUGAUUGAAUGCCAUUGACAUUCCAUGACGCAAACGUGAAAUAAUGGGUGCGUGUAUUCUUUGUUGUUGUUUUUUUCUUACCGUUUUCGUGACGUUUUUUGGUCUUGUUGACCAAUGUUAUGUUAAAGAGGGUGAUGAAGAUGAUAUAUUUAAGUACAGCAAAAAAAACAAAAAACAACCCCAAUUCCAAUGAAGUUGGGAUGUUGUGUUAAACAUAAAAACAGAAUACAAUGAUUUGCAAAUCAUGUUCAACCUAGAUUGAAUUGAAUACACUACAAAGACAAGAUAUUUAAUGUUCAAACUGAUAAACGUUAUUAUUUUUAGCAAAUAAUCAUGAACUUAGAAUUUUAUGGCUACAACACGUUCCCAAAAAGCUGGGACAGGGUCAUGUCUUUUCUUUGAACAACAUUCAAUCAACGUUUGGGAACUGAGGACCCUAAUCGUUGAAGCUUUGGAGGUGGAAUUCUUUCCCAUUCUCGCUCGAUGUACAGCUUCAGCUGUUCAACAGUCCGGGGUGUCCGUUGUCGUAUUUUACGCUUCAUAAUGCGCCGCACAUUUUCAAUGGGAGACAGGUCUGGACCGCAGGCAGGCCAGUCUAGUACCCGCACUCUGACUACAAAGCCACGCUGUUGUAACACGUGCAAAAUGUGGUUAGGCAUUGUAUUGCCGAAAUAAGCAGGGGCGUCCAUGAAAGAGACGUUGCUUGGAUGGCAGCAUAUGUUUCUCCAAAACCUGUGUGUACCUUUCAGCAUUAAUAGUGCCUUCACAGAUGUGUAAGCGACCCAUGCCAUUGGCACUAACACAGCCCCAUACCAUCACAGAUGCUGGCUUUUGAACUUUGCGUGCAUAACAGUCCGGAUGGUUCUUUUCCUCUUUGGCCCGGAGGACACGGCGUCCACAAUUUUCCAAAACACUUUUCCACUUUGCAUCAGUCCAUCUUAGAUGAGCUCGAAGCCCAGAGAAGCCGGCGGCGUUUCUGGGUGUUGUUGAUAAAUGACUUUUGCUUUGCAUAGUCGAGUUUCAAGUUGCACUUACAGUGAUACUGAUAUAUCAUUUGAUAUCAUUUACACAUUGAUGCUGGUUUUUGAUGCAGCGCCGCCUGAAGGAUCGAAGGUCACGGGCAUUCAAUGUUGGUUUUCGGCCUUGCCGCUUACAUGCAAUGAUUUCUCCAGAUUCUCUGAACCUUUGGAUGAUAUUAUGGACUGUAGAUGAUGAAAUCCCUAAAUUCCUUGCAAUUGUAUGUUGAGGAACAUUGUCCUUAAACUGUUGGACUAUUUUCUCACGCACUUGUUCACAAAGAGGUGAACUUCGCCCCAUCUUUGCUUGUGAAUGAAUGAGCAAUUCAGGGAAGCAAUCACGGCACCCACCUGUUCCCAAUGAGCCUGUUCACCUGUGGGAUGUUCCAAACAGGUGUUUGAUGAGCAUUCCUCAACUUUCGCAGUCUUUUUUGCCACCUGUCCCAGCUUUUUGGGAACGUGUUGCAGCCAUAAAAUUCUAAGUUAAUGAUUAUUUGCUAAAAACAAUGAAGUUUAUCAGUUUGAACAUUACAUAUUGUGUCUUUGUCGUGUAUUCAAUUAAAUAUAGGUUGAACAUGAUUUGCAAAUCAUUGUAUUCUGCUUUUAUUUAUGUUUACCUCAACGUCCCAACUUCAUUAGAAUUGGGGUCGUAUUACCCAGUGUCCUAUAUUGCCCCAGUUACCCCUACGCUUCUACAGGUCACUUUGCAUGUUGCCUUUUUUUUUCUUUUUUUUUUAAUAUAAAAGUUGCGCUGUUUAUGCACCUUUCUGCCUUAAGUUGCGCCGUCUGACUUUUGCCUCCUUUUAACACACAUUCAAAUCCACAGACAAAGCAUGUAUUUGGUGGUUCAUUUAAAUGCGUUUGACAUGACCUGAAUGAUCAUCAAACCGAUGGAAUCUGAUAUAUUCAGUCAAGGGACAGGAUGAGCGGGGCUCGGGAGGAAGAGGAAUUUGCCUCUUUGUGCCUUGCAGUUUUGCGUUUGCUGUUUGUGUGCAGUUAGCGCAUGUCGACCUGAAUGUAGUGACCAGUGUCCAGAAGGUAGCGCUGUUCGCUUGAAAGAAAUUAUCUUAUGACAACACCUGCCCUUAUCUAGUUAUACCUGAUAGGAAACAGCUUCAGCUUUUGCCGUUGUGUUUUUUUUUCUUCCCACUUAAGUGCUUGCUCUAACAACACAUUCUGCCUGCCUUUGUUGGUUUGCUGAAAGCCCCUGACAAUAAAGUGGAGUUGAAGUUUUGAUAUUUGGAAAGCAUUUUUUUUUUCACAAAAAAAAAAAAAAAAAAACGAGUCUCCUUUUCACUUCCAUUCCCUUGUUUCCUUUAGCAUAAAACAGACGGGGGUGCGAGUAAAACAGAUGCCGGUGUCGAUGAAAUUUGAGUUUGUUUCAUUCUGUGUAACAUAUCCAGCAUCACAUCUCUGUUGCAGACGUUCAAGGAGCUGGUCCUCAUAUUUCGGCUUUUUACAGUAUUCAUUUCACCCUGAGGAUCUUUUUUUUGGCCAUCUGAAAUAA